CCCCAAGCGUAUUCUCGUUGCGUAACGGAGAUUUGGCAGUAUUUCCCCACGCUCUCUCCUUUUUUUUUCAUACGCGGGGACAGUGCAAUAGUGCCUGAACGUUUUAUCUCUUUUUUUUUGGUGUUCUUCUUCGAUUGACAACCGGGAACAAUCCACUUUCUUGUCCGAUUGCGCCGACAUUCCCCAUCGAGUUUUUGUUAAAGUAAAUUGUUGCCAUGGAGAUAUCGAAUUCCGAGAAACAGCGUUUAUGGGCUCUUUACGGUGUCGACGUAGCAGCAGCAGCCACGUCCUCGGCCAUGGUAUCUCCUUUAAUCGCCGUCGUUGACAGAGCCAUCAUAGAAAACGCCAACGGCAAACGUCCGCUUGGUCAAGGCCUCGUCCAAGGUCUUCGCGCUAUCUUUACGCAACCGAUCCAAUUCGCGGGAUCGUUGCAGUUCCGACUGGUCUAUGGACUCUACUUUAGCACAUACAUUACGGCCAAUGUGAUGGACACGACGAGCGAACGUAUGGGCGUGAAGGACACGACCGCGGCGUGGUACAAAUUUAUUGCUACCUCGGUCGUCAACAUGGGCAUCUGCAUAUACAAGGACCGAUCCUUCACGCGUAUGUUUGGCGUCACUGCCACACGUGCCUUGCCCAUGCUCACUUAUUUCUGCUUUGCCGCACGCGACUCACUCACCAUUGCCGCAAGCUUUAAUGCCCCGGUUUACUUUGCCCAGUGGUUGCAACAAAAGUAUGUCAGUUUGGAUCGACAUGAUGCACGUGUCAUUGCGCAGCUUGUCUGCCCUGCCUCGAUCCAGUUUGUUUCCACGCCUAUCCAUCUGCUUGGUCUGGAUAUGUAUAAUCGUCCCACUGCAUCGUCUGCACAGCGCAUGGGAUUGAUCCGCAAAGAGUAUCUCAAAAGUGCGUUUGCACGCAUUGGAAGAAUUGGUCCGGCAUUUGGUAUUGGUGGUGUGGGUAAUGCUUAUUUUAGAGGAUUUAGAAGAUAUGUCUAGACUAGUCAUUACAAAGGGAUGUUCCCCUUUUCACUCCUGUGGCUUUGGGAGGAUUGUUGUAUAUAUACACUAUUACAUUAGUUCAUAUAAUAUUUAUUUUGUUUGUUGUUGUUGAUGUUGUGCUUGACGUUGUGGAAUAGUCUAUAUAUCAUAUCUUCUCUGUUAGCUGUUUCCUGUCCCUAUCAUAAUCACAGCAGGCAGUUGUUUUUGUUACCAUGUCGGGUCUCAUAAUCUUGUUAACAGCAGUGCUUCCGGCAGCCAUACCAGCACACAAUGCAACGAAGGUGUACAACUUGCUGAUUUGUGCCAUUGAAGGAAGGUAUCGAACCGGGAAAAGAG